CCCAUUUUUGUAGCUAUCAAAGGACACGGCUAAGGCUGACUCAAUCUCUCCGAAAAAUGAAGUUCUUGAUAUUCGCCUAUCUGCUGAGCGUUGUCUGGAGUCGGAAACCCGAUGGAUGCGGGAGGCCCUCGAUCCCACCUUUCAUCGAGCCCGAAGACCGCAUUUAUGGCGGUAGGGUUGCUGUGCCGGGAAGCUGGCCUUGGCAAGCGCAGUUGCAACUUCAAGGACGCUUUCAUGUUUGCGGCGGUUCCCUGAUCAGCGAUCAGCACGUUUUGACUGCUGCACACUGCGUCUGGGGAACGCGGCCGGCAAACUUGAAGAUUCACCUCGGUUCACACCGGCGCCAAAGACGAGAACCAGCGGAGCUUGUUGUAGGCGUCCAUGAAAUUUGCAUCCAUCCUGCUGCUCGUACCAGUCUCCAACCGGGUUUAAUGCAGGACAUCGCGAUCAUCAAGUUGAAGAGCAAGGUGAAUACGACGACGACUAUACAGCCAGUGUGCUUGCCCGGAAACAACGAAGAACUGUCCAAAACAUCGAAGGUGUUCGUUCUCGGUUGGGGAGCAACAGAACGUAGCCACGGUUCAGCAGAACUGAAACAAACUAGGGUGCAGUACUUGUCAAACCGAGAUUGCAGAGCAAGAGGAGUAAGAGUAAUUUCACAAAUAUUCUGUGGAGGUCAUAUCCAUGGCAGCGCCUGCAGGGGCGACAGUGGUGGACCUGUUGUGCACCAAAACGACGGCGUGUGGUCGCAACACGGCAUCGUCAGUGGAGGCCCUCUUGGCUGUGGAUGGUCCUACGCACCGCAGCUUUUUGUCAAAGUGUCAUCCUACGUUGACAACUUCAUUGCACCUUACAUAGAUCCCAAAACAAGUCGCGAGAAAAUUCGGAGUAUAUGCAGACUAGUUAGUUCGUAAGAUGCCGUGAAACACCAAAUGGACCGCAAUAGUGUACUUUUUUUUUACCUAAUGGAAAAUUGACCUUUAUGCUGAUUUAUGCAACACAAUAGAUGGGCGAUUGUGUAGCAUACGCGCAAUGGCCUACGAAAUUAACUUUUUGUGUAGGUCACGUGAUGUUAACUUUUCUGCUCAACUUAGAAAAUAAAAUACAUUGUACAGUCAACGUGACAUAAGGUUACGCGACGUCAGUUUCCCUGCUAAGUUUAGCGGGGAAGCUGAAUUCGUGUGUAGGUCACGGGCAGACCUGGGCUUGUUACUUGAAAAAUGUAAUUGAUCACAAUUACGAAUUACCGAGCCUCAACUGUAAUUAAGGCCGAAAAGUAACAAAUUACUUUACUCGAUACUAUACAAAUUACUUUCACGUUACUGUUUUGUACACUAAUCCAGAAAACGGUAGAAACUAUUUUGAUUUUUUUUUUUCAAAGAUGUUCUGCAACACUAGUUUUCAGUUCUUAUACGCU